CCUUUCAGUAAAUUUGACCUUACAGGUUCCUUUUUCUAGUAAAAUUCAUUAAAUGCUCUCUUUUUCAGAGUCUUUAUCAUAACCCCAUUUGCUUACAUCUCUCACAUUUUCAUCAAUUUUAUCACUGAAAGACUCCAUCUUUUUUGCCUCUAUGUUCAUUUCUUAUUGUCAAAAGCCAAAAAAAAUUGAAGCUUGGUGAGUUUUUCUUGUAGUUUUCAAUAAAAUAUGAAUUGGGGUCUUGUUAAAAUCCAUGAAAGUAGUGUUCUUUCACAUUUUCAUCCAUUUUGUUACUGAAAGACUGGAACUUUUGAGUCUGUUUUCCAUUCUGUUGUUCAUUUCCUAUUGUCAAAUGCCAAAAAAAUUGAAUCUUGAUGAGUCUUUUUUGUUAUUUUCAAGAAAAUAUGAUUUGGGGUCCUGUUAAAAUUCAUGAAAGUAGUGUUCUUUCACAUUUUCAUCAAUCUUGAAAACCUCUGAAAGAUUUCACUUUUUGUUCAUUUCUUGUAGUCAUAAGCCAAAAAAAAAAAAAAAAAAAAGUUGAAUCUUGGUGAGUUUUUCUUAUAGUUUUCUUGAAGAUAUGAAUUGGGUACUUGUUAAAAUUCAAGAAAGUAGUGUUCUUUCUCCAUCAAAUGAACCAUUAUUAACACCACUUUCUAUACCUGAUUCUUCUAGUGGGGGUGGUGGUGGUGGUCCUUUUAAUUUGAAUAACAAGGUUAGUCCAAGUAUACUUCUUGUCAUCAUAAUUCUAGCAAUUAUCUUCUUCAUUUCUGGUUUACUUCACCUACUUGUUAGAUUCCUAUUAAGGCCACCAAAUAGAGAUCCAGAUGAUUUAGACAAUGUAACAGCUCUUCAAGGUCAAUUACAACAACUUUUUCACCUUCAUGAUGCUGGUGUAGAUCAAUCUUUUAUUGAUACACUACCUGUAUUCAAUUACAAAUCCAUCAUUGGUGUUAAAGAUCCUUUUGAUUGUGCUGUUUGUUUGUGUGAAUUUGAGCCUGAUGAUAAACUUAGAUUGCUACCAAAAUGUAGUCAUGCUUUUCAUAUGGACUGUAUUGACACUUGGCUUUUGUCUCAUUCAACUUGUCCUCUUUGUAGAGCUAGUCUUUUGCCUGAUUUCUCUUCAUCAUCAAACAACAAUCAUAGUUGUUCCCCUGUUGUGUUUGUUCUUGAAUCUGGUAGUGAAAGUUCAAGAGAAAAUGUAAACAAUCUUGUUCCUAAUAGUCAUGAGUUUGUGGGAUUUUCAUCAAGGAGGAACAAUUCAAUUUCAAGAUUGAGUUUGAGUAGUUCCCAUUUUGAAGACAACAUUAAUGUGUCUGAUGUUGUGGUGGCAAAAUCUUGUGAUGAGAUCCAAGCAAAAGAAGGGGAAAUUGAAAAAGUUGUACAAGUGAAGUUAGGCAAAUUCAAGAAUGUGGAUCCAUCACAAGAUCAAUGUGAUGAUAAUGAAGAAGGAAGUAGCAAUAAUAUUGAUUCAAGAAGGUGUUUUUCAAUGGGAUCAUUUGCUUAUAUAUUAGAUGAAACAACAGCUUUACAUGUUCCUAUUAGGAAAACACCAUCAAAAAAGCAAUCAACCAAGACGCCAAAUCAUAGACAAGCUAUGUCUGAAUGUGGAUGUGAUUCAAGAAGGGAAUUCAAUGGAUUUGAAGCAUUCAAAUUUGCUGAAAAUAAUCUCAUGCACAACAUGAAUAGCAACAAUGAAAACAAGAUUCUUGAAGAAGGGAAAAGUUGCAAAAGAGAGAGCUUUUCAGUGUCCAAGAUUUGGUUAAGGGGUAAAAAAGAUGAUAGUAAUACUAAUUCAAGAAGGGCAUUUUCGUUCCGGUUUCCGGUCAGCAGAAAUGUUCCAGUCGUGGCGGAGCCAGAGGGCCCCGCCGCGGCCAAGAAUGGUGGUGGUGGUGAUGGUGGUAGUAGGAGGACAGUUUCAGAGAUUGAUAUUGAUACAUGGGCAAAAAAUGGAGGGUGUGAUGAAGAAAAUCAAUGUUGCAAUACAUUGGAAUGUCAACCAAAAACACCAUCUUUUGCAAGAAGAACACUUCUUUGGCUUAUGGGAAGACAAAACAAAGUUGUACACUCUUCUUUCUCAUCAAAUCUCUAGUCUUUUGUUUUGUUUGAAAUCUUUAUAAUCACUUUUUUUCAGAUAGGUGAAAUAUUUGGAAGGUUAAUAGUAUCUCAAUACACAUUUAGCCAUCUUGUGUAUCAAAUUGAUGACCUGCAAGAGUAAAUUAGUAUAGAUGAUCAAUUUUUUUUCCUUCAAGUUUUAGCUUAGUGUUUUUUAGUUUACUAUACUAAGUUUUCAAAUUAUUUUUCAAGUGAUUUUACAGCUGUGCUUGGUAGUGUUUGAGUUUUCUUUGUCAUGUAUUUAUGAGGCAGUUUUUGGUUGUAAUGUUAUAAAGGCUAUUACAGGUGGUAA